AUGCCGCGCACUACGCCGUCUGCGGCUCGCCUGAACUUGCACCUGUACAUUGGAUAUGCACACUGUGUUGGCCGGCUUCUCAUUCUCAUUCAGCGGAUGCGCCAAGCCGAACCUCGUUCCCCCGACGAGUACUCGGCGUUGAAAGAUCGCAUUGUGUCCAAGGCACCCCAAAGCAUUCAUGGGGCAUGUCUCCGGCUGACAAAGUUGCUGCGAUCAACGGCCUCGAUCGCAGCAACUUCGUCAGCCGUCCCGCGUCCAACUCCCAGGAUCGGUCGCCGGCAUUACAGCAGCCUGCAGCACGGCCUCCCCGCAUUUUAA